AUGUAUGUUCGUAUUAUUACAAAAUUGCGGCGGAAGUGGGUGGACGUCCGAGGCCAACUCGCGGACGCGCAGCUUCGGAAAGAACGAGGCUACCCUACCGGGCCUCUGGGGCGGUCGAAACUCAGUCGGAAGGAGGAGGUUGAAGGACCGACAGGGGCCUCGAACGGUCACGGAGACCUCAGCCUCGGUCGUCUUUCUUGGUCAUGGCUGGAUGCUGCCACAGCCCAAAAGCAGGAAGUCACCAUCGAAACUCUACAAUCUGAGCUCGAUCAGACCAACGAGGAGCUGGACAAACUAAAUUCCUCCCACUUAGAAGAACGAGCCCAACUCAUUCAUGACCUUCAGAGCUGUGAGCGGGAAAUCGACAGACUCAAAGAUGUCGUGUUGGAGAAGGACGAAGAGAUAUCAACGCUCUCCGGUAACAUGGCGGAGUACGCGGAGCAGGUCACGAUGAUGAAGCGAGACAUCAAACUCAAAGACGAGACCCUGGUCCGUGUGGAAACUGCUCUGAGUAAAGUAGAGCGGGAAGCCAUGAUUCUCAGAGAGUCGCAGACUUCAGAGCAGAAAGAUCUGGAUGGAAAGAUCACAGAGCUGGUGGAGAAACUCAAAGACACUGAGAUGGAGUUGCUCAACGCUAAAAAGGAAAGCGAGUGUAAGGUGACGGAGGUGGAACAUCUGAUAAAGCAAACUGAAGAAGACAAGAUGACAAUUCAGGAGCUUCGAGGGGAGAUCCAGAAACAGAUCGUGAGCCAGCGUAACCAUCUUACUGAAUGUGAAACGCAUAUCGCUUCACUAAAGGAGCAGCUGACUUUAUCCACACAAAAGCAGCAGGAAUCAGAAGCACUCCUUCUGCAGCUCAAGGACCAAAACACCAGCAGUGAGCAGAUACAGCAGCAGCUUAAUGACAAGGAUCAAAAGUAUGAGGAAGAACUGAAAUCGUCCAAGGAGGAACAGAACAAACUCUUGGCUCAGGUGGAGAAAUACAAUCACGAAAUGCAGACGUUGUCCAAACAGUUAGAGGUGCAGGUACAGAGUGAGGAGCACAUCAAAAAGGACAUACAGGAGAAACUGGAAACCAUAGCAACACUGGAAAACAAACUGAAGACCACAGAUAAUCAGGCUGAGGAGGAGAGGCAGAACUUCAACACUAAGAUGCAAAACCGCGACUCAGAAAAGGAGAAACUGAGCAAUGAACUCGAAAGCAAAUCUGAAAAUAUCUCCAAACUCAGAGGUCUAUUAAAAACCAUGAAGACGGAGAAAAAGCAGCUGCAAGAUAAACUCAAAGGGCUAACAGAGGAGCUGGAGCUACAGAAGCAGAGUGCAAAUGAACUUAAUGGAAAGGUCACGUCUGCUCUUGAACUCAACAGCAGUCUUGAGAAGCAGGUAGAUUGCCUUACGAAAGAGAAAGAGAGACUUGAAAUGGAAGUAACGGAAAGCGUAAAAAGUAUUUCCGAGGUCUCACUCGAAAAGGAUUCCUUGCAAGCCAAAGUAUCCACAUUGGAAACUCAGUAUUCACAAAACAACGCAAUAAUUGAAGAGCUACAAAGGGCUAAAGAGGAUUUGACUCAUCGCAGCAAUGAGUUGAAUAAAGUUCUUGAGCAAAGCACGCACUCAACCUCAGAGGUCCUCCUGGCGAAAACGAAUGAAUGUAGUAAUCUCAGCCAGUUACUCAGGGAAAGGGAGGACAAGGUGACACGUCUACAGGAAGAAGUACAACGUGUAUCUUCUAAGGUAGAGCAGCUUCAGCAGGACAUGGCAGAAAAAGACCAGGUUGUAAUAGAGCAUCGAGCGCAGAUAGAAACCCAAGAAAACCAGCAAACACAACUUCAGGAAACAGUUUCUCUGCUGCGAGAACAGGAGAAAGGUCUGAAGUCUGGCUUAAUGGAGAAGGAUACGAUAUUAAAAGAGAAACAGGAAGGGUACGACAGUUUGCAGAGUGAAAUUACGCAACAGAAAGAUAUUGUUUCUAAGCUACAAGCAGAAGCUGAAUCUCAAAAUGUGGACCACUUGAAGCUUCGCACGCAGAUUGAAGAGAAAGAAGGGAUGUUGAAAAAAAUGACGCAGCAGUGUCAAAAACAAAAAGACAAAGUCAACGAUGCUAACAAAUCUGUUAAGUCUCUGAGUGAACAAAUCCGUGUCCUGGAAGAAAAGGCCGGACAGCUCGAAGCUGAAGCUGAACGCAGGCAAAUGGAGAUAGCUAGCUUAAACGGCAACAUCCAGGCAAUACGUGAGGAAAACCAGCAACUCCGUGCCGCUUGUGAAAGCAGAGAAAUGCAGCUUUCUCAGCAAACACAACUUCUAUCUGAACUUGAUGGACGCCUUAAAGCGACUCUUGAACAGAACUCCAGUUUUAGCGUACAGAUUAGCAGCCUAACAGAAAACAAUCAGAGACUACAAGAGGAGUUAGCGCAGAACACCAAAUCUGUUUCUGAGCUAGCCACUGAGAGGAAGUCCCUCCAAGAACAAAACUCUGGGCUUGAAAGUCAAAUCUCGGAGAAGCAGAAGAUUAUUGAAGAGGUGUUGAAUGAAAAGGAGAUGCUUACUGUUGCAGGAGAUGAAUUGAAAAAGAUCCUGCGGGAAAGCGAAACGUCGAACUCUGCAGGUUUGCUGGAGAAAACGAGUGAAUGUGCUAAUCUGUUGAAAACGUUAAGGCAGAGAGAAGGACAGCUUGAAAGUCUAGAAGAGCAACUCGAUGCCUUUAAGAAGCAAGUCAGUCAGCAAAGUUCACAGUUGGACGCUCAGCAGGACCAACUGCUGCAACUUCAGGAUACGAUAUCAAUGCUUCAGGAACAAGGAUCUGUCCUCAAGUCAGGGCUGAUGGAGAAAGACAAGAUGUUGCAGCAGAAAGCAGAGGAGAGUAGUUUCUAUCAGAAUGAAGUUGUGCAACAGAAAGCCUUAAUAUCACAGAUGCAGGGUGAGUUCGAGUCACUCAGGCAGGAGUGCUCGGAGGCGAAACAGCAGAUAGAGCAAAAAGAAAAGACUUUACAUAACCAGAAAGACGAGCUGGACAAACGAAGCGAGUCGGUGAUCUCGCUCAGCGGUCAGCUCGGUGCCAUGAACCAGAGCGCUGCAGAGGCAGAGGUUGAGAUUACAAACCUAAAGAGUGCUGUAGAGAAACUCACUGCAGAAAACGGUCAGAGAGAGGAGCAGAGGAAAGCAGAGAUCAUCGAUUUGAACGAUAACAUUCAAGCACUGAAUGAGCAGAAUACAAGAUUGAAAUCUGAAUUUCAGAAAACAGUGGCAGAGUUGUCCAAAGCACAGGACGAGGUGACGCAUUUCAAAACAGCCGUCGGUGAUGUGGACAACAAACUUAAAACUGUAGACUCUGAAAAAGAUAGGCUUAAUUUGGCAAUGCAAGAAAAACAUGAUUUGAUCCAGAAACUCAACAGUAGGAUCAGUGAGCAGCAGGAGCAGCUGAAACGGAACGAAGAAAACAAUGUCAGUUUAAAAGCAAAGGUUUCAGAACUUGAAGAAUCUGUGUUUGGACUCAGAGGCGAAGUCGAUAGUCUUUCUGCAGAGUCUUCUAUCCUGAAAACUACUUUGGAGAAAAAAGAACAAUCAAGUCUUGAAUAUCAAAGUAGUUCUUCAGCUGCCGUUGAAAACCUCAACUCAAAUCUACAAGCCAAAGAGGUGGAGUGUGAGAGCUUGAAAGAAAAGAUGUCCCACCUUGAGGAAUCGACCACAAAGCUCAACAGCACCCUCCAAGUUCAGAUGUCUGAAGCAAAACAUCUGAGAAAGGCAUUGGGAAAAAAAGAGUCCGCUCUUCAGGAACAAUCAAAGUCCCUUCAGGAAAUCCAGAGAACAUCCGAUGAAGCUUUGCUCUUCAAAUCUCAGUUCAUGGAAAGCACAGACUUGGUGUCACAGCUACAGAAUCAAAUCCAACUGCUGUCCACCGAGUCUGCAAACCUCAGACAAUCAGCAGAAGAAACACAAAGUGCCUUUAACAACCUACAAGAGAAGUAUGCAGCUAACUUAGAGGAGCUGCAGGAUGUGAGACAGCAAGUGUCCCAAAGGACUGAUGAGGUGUUAAACCUUCGGAGGUUAUUGGACGACACCAGUAACGAACAUCAGACGGCAAAGACGAUGAUAGAAACUCUGAGAAAUGAUUUAUCUGAGACGCAUCACAAACUCCAGAAAACAGAAGAGUUGAACUCCAUUCUGUCAAACGAAAAGGACGAGGCCUUUGCUUCUCAUCAAGCAAGCGUUUCACUGCUGACCGUGGAAAUAGACAGACUCAAAUCACAACAUCUUCAAGUCGUGGCACAGAUGAAUGCUCUCACAGAAAACGUUGAGCAGAGGGAAAUGGCUCUCCAUGCGAUUAACAGUCAGUACACAUCGCAGGCCAAACACGCAUCUCAGCUGGUGUCGGAAAUGCAGAAACUAGAACAGCAGAAUAAGAGACUAAAUGAGGAGAUUAGUUUGUCAAAGAACGAGCACCAGAAGCUUCUCACGGCCGUCAGUCAUGAAAACACACAUUUGCAGGAGGAGGUUAGGAAACAUCUAGCAGAGAAGGAGGGGCUGGAAAGGAGUCAUCAUCAAAUAUUGGCCUCCCAGGUUCAAAUGGAGCAGCAGUCCAGCAGCACAAAGGAGAAAAUGACGUCCGAGAAGGAGAGCCUUCAAGCCAAGGUUAGUGCCAAAGAUGAGGAAGUUUCUCAAUUAAAAGAAAACAUUCACAGGAUAGAGCAAAUUCUGCAGGAUUCUGAGCAAGAGUGGCUCUUAGUUUUGGAUAAAGAGAAACAGGAUAGGAACAUACUCGCAGAACAAUUGCAAAGUGUUGAAAAUGAAAUGAAGUCUAAAGAUGUUAAAGUUAAUGCUCUGAAAGGAGACCUGGACAGUUUGCAGGAGAAACUAGCAGAGGCUUCAUCUGCGAUCAGGCAGGGGUCCGAUCAACUGCGCGCCAAAGAGCUGGAGGCAGCAGCAUCCAGGGUCCAACUGGAGAAGGUUUUAGCUUCGUUCCAGGAAAAGGAUAAUGACAAUGAUAAUUUGCAACAGGCUCUAAAAGCGGCAGAACAUGAGUUACACAAACUUGUAGUGAUCAGGAAUGGUACUAACACAGAUUUGUUAGCUAAAGGAUCAGCAGAUUUAGGGACAGAAAAGGCCUCUUUAAAGGACAUGAUUACACAAUUACAAGAAAGCCACCAGUCGGAGGUAGCUGCUCUGAAACACGAGUUGGAUAAAACAGUGACACAAUUACAAAACACCCAGAACACACUUGAGAAAGGAGAGAGGAGUAAUGAUGAAAAGGGUCAACAAAUGUCACUUUUGCAAGAGAUGGUCGAGCAUCUACAGACGAGGCUCAACGCUGAGUCGGAGAAAGUGAAAGAAGCUUCUGUCAAACACUCGUCCCUACACUUUGAAUCACAAGAGAAAUAUGAGCAGAUCAACUGUUUGAGCAUUCAGAUAAGUCAGCAGCAGGAGCUUCUCGCUGGACUCAGUCAGCAGUUAAGGGAUAAAGACGCAUCCAUCGCCCAACUCAUAGCAUCAGCCUCAAAUGAAAGGGUGAAACUCGGUGAGGAACAGUCAUCUCUAACGGCACAAUUGGAAAGCAUGGAGCAGGAACACAACACCUCCACGAAGAAGCUUGAAGAGAUGUCUCAGCAGUUAGAGGAACAGAUGUCAAGCUCUCACAGUGAAAUAGAGAGCAUGAGUGCAGAGAAGAUCGAGCUGAUUAAGAAAAACGACGAUCUGAAGAGCGAACUAGCCAAGGUGUCGAAAGAGAAAGACGCAACGAAGAAGAAGCUCCAAGCUGCUCUCGUUGUGAGGAAGGAUCUGAUGAAGAAAAUCGAGCGAUACGAAAGCCAGAAAGAAGAGAGUGAGAACAAUAAAACGGAGGUUUCACUUUUACAGGAUAAAUUACAGGAAGUAAAAAAUCAAGUCCAGGCGUCUGCUCAGAUAUAUGAAGAACACGUGUCAGUUCUUGAGAAGAGACUUCUUGAGAAAGAAGGAGAGAUUCUUGAACACAAACGUGGAAGUGAAAGACUUGUGGAACAAUUACAGUCGGAAAAACAAGUCUUGAAAGCCACACUCGACGAGAAAGAAGUUUGUUUAUCACAAACUUUGCAAACGCUGAAUGAGAAAAGCUCUCUGCUGGAGAAGCUGCAGUCCACUGCUUCUGAGAGAGAGGAAGCAUUCGACCAAGAGAAGAACAGCUGGGCGCAAAAAUUAGAAGACCUUCAAAAUGAAAUAAAGACCUAUCAAGAUGAGAUAAAGGUUAGAUCGUCCUCCACAUCUACUGCUGUUGAUUUAGAGAAUGAGCUUGCUCAAAUCAAGCUUGAAAAGGCAAAGCUACAGAGAAAGGCUCAGGCUGCCUUGCUGGCGCGCAAAGAGACCCUGAAGAAAGCUCAAGAAAGUGAAAAUAAAUUAACUCAAGAGCUAGCCGAACUGAAAGACGACUACAAGGCUCUCCUGGAGCAGCGCUGUCAGCAGACCAAUGAGUUAAGCGCCGUCCAGUUAGACUUCGACGAGAAGGUCAGGGAACUGGAGACGCUCCGUGAUAACUCUUUGUCUGUUCUAGAUGAGCUUAAAACCCUAAGACAGCUUGUCGAGGAGAAGGAUAAAACUCUCCACGGUCUGAAGAUGACUCUGGCGGAGAAAGAGAGCGAGUGCCAUUCUCUUUCAAACCUGCAGAAAGAGCUGGAACAGGUUCAAUCCAAAUGUGAGAGUAUGUCUCUUGAGAUGGCAAGAAAAGAAGAGGCUCUAGUGGAAGUGGACCAAGAUGCAGGUGCUUUGAAAUCACAACUUCUCAAGGUAGAGAUUGACUUGGAGAAAGCUCAGGCAGAAGUAACAGAGAAAACAGAAGAAGUUGAGAAAUAUCUGGAAACAAUCAGAGUUGCUGAGCUGCAGAGCCAACAGGAGAAGCAAGCUUUAUUGAAUGAAAAUACAUCUCUGGAGACCCGUCUGAGCAUCGCUGAGUCUGCACUGGAGGAACGCAUGCACGCAAAUGAAGGAAAAUAUCUACUUUUAAUGGAGGAGAAAAAGGCUCUUUUGGAGAAAAGUAAUACGUUGAAAGUGGAACUCGAGACAACAGUUGAUUUAGUUUCACAGAAAUCCUCAGAAGUUUCAAAAGUCCAAAAGACUUUAGCAGAAACACAGCAGCAGCUCAGUGACUCAGUGACUCAGCUUGAAAAAGCACAACUUCAUUGCACUGAAAAACAAUCACAUUUGGAUUUGUUGAAGCAAGAAAUAGAAAACGCUUACAGAUUAAUUGAUGAGCUCCGAAAUGAGGUUACCACCCUGGAUAAGCAACUAAAGGAGAAAGUGAAUGAGCAGCUACAUCAGAACAAGCCUGACAUGUGUGCCGAUGUUAACGAAGAAGUCGUAAGCUUGUCUUGCAAAAGUGCUGAAAACUUUGAGGUGAAACUAAAGGAGAGAGAUGAUGCCUUGCUCGUUUCUCAGGCUCAAGUUUCAGAAAAGGAAGAACUAAUUGCUGCACUUGAACUGCAAUUACAACAACAAAUGAAAAUAAAUGAAACCACCAUUGAAAAGAUGAGAACAGAGUCUGAUGAGUUUCAGAAAUCUCGAGACAAUGGCGGAAAAAUGAAUAAUCAGGACAACCAAAGCAAAGUUGCUCUCCUAACCAGGAAACUUCAAGCAGCUUUACUUUCCAGAAAAGAACUCUUGAAGGAAACUGCGAUGCUAAAGGAGGAAGUGGAAAAGCUGUCAGACAAACAUGCAGCUCAAGAAGCCGACUACUUCACUCUGGAGGCAUCAGUGCUGAAGUUAAAGCAACAAAAUACGGACUUGGAAAGCUCUGUGUCAUCCCUGAACAAACAGAGAGACGGGCUCAGGGCUGACGCUGACGGCACCUUAAAGGAUAAUCGCAGUUUAUCCGCAGCCUGUGAAAGCUUGAAGCUAACCAUCGAAAACAUCACACAGCAGAAACAGGCUUUCUCCUGCCAGCUGGAAUCUCUUAAAGACUCUCAAACAGACGAGCUUACCAAGUGGAAGUUGAAACACGCCGAGCUGAAACAAGAGUACGAAUCUCUUUUACAAGCUUAUGAAAAUGUGAGCAGUGAAAUGGACAAGAUGAGACAGCUUUUGGAAGGGGCUAAAAGAGAGAGGCAGGAAGCCCUCAGGAAAAUCCACAAACAUGAAUCUGAGAUGGAGAUUCUGGAAAAGCAAGCUAGAGAGAUGGAGGAAGAAAAUGGAAGAAUUAAAGACAAGAUGCAAAUAUUUUCCAAACAGAAACGGCAGAAGAUUGAGGAGCUGGAGGAUGAGAAUCAGAAAAUGAGAAAAGAGCUGAAUGAGCUUGAAGAAAACCACAAAAUGGCGACGUGCGAGAUGACUGAAAAAGAUCAGCAAUUGGAGACCGAGAUUUCCCGACUUAAAGAGAAGCUCACUGAGUUUGAGGUUGAAAAUAACCAAUUGUCAGAAAAGCUUGAAGAAGCCAGCUGUUCAUUGGAAGUGAAGCACUCCAAAUCAAAUGACUACUCAAACAACAUGCAACUAAAACUUGAUGAAGCUCUGAGUUUGAAUAACUCACUGACAGCUCAGAUUGAAUCCCAGAAAACAGAACUCGGUGCUCAGUUGGAAAUGUACAACUUGUUACUGAAAGAGAAGCAAAACCUUUCUGGAAGAAUUGAGUCGAUACAGAAUGAUCAGGAAGCUCAACUGGGACAGAAAGAUGAUGACAUUAAAGAGCUCAAAGACAUAAUCAACAGACACAGUCGAGAAACUAUCAGCCUGAAUGAGAAGGUGAGGAUCUUAGAGGACGAUAAGUCACUUCUGCAGGAGGAGCUUGAAAAUGUUCAAGACAUUUCAGACAAAGUUAAAAAUGAAAAUGAAUAUUUGGAAACCGUGAUCCUCAAGAACACUGAGAGGAUUGACGAUCUGACCGAGUCGGUCUCUGUGUUGCAAACCCAGAACAAGCAGCUGUCCUCUCAGCUGGCCGUCAGCAAAGACAUGAGCAGUCAAGUUCGCAAAGAGAAAGAACAGGAGCAGCUGAAGUUAGUCCGGGAGUUUGAGGAGAAGCUGAAGACGGUUCAGCGAGGCAGUGAAGGCACCAAAAAUGUGAAGAAAGAACUGCAAGAGCUUCUCAAAGAAAAGCAUCAGGAGAUCAAUCAGCUUCAGCAUAACAGCAUCAAAUACCAGGAACUGAUUCUAGAUCUAGAGAGGGCUCUGAAGACAUCUCGGUCAGCCUGUGAACAGUCUGAGAAAGAAGUGAAGAAAAGCUCUGAGAAAAUGGCGGUGUUAGAGGAGAGAAGUAAACAAGUUGAAGCUGAGCUGAUAACGCACACGAACCUCCUCCAGGAGGCCGCAGCAAAGAUGUUGAGUGUCGAGUCUGAAAGAGAUCAGCUGGCUCUGGACAUGUCAGAGGAAAGUAAAAAGCUUGAGGAUCAGCUCAUAGAGAAAAGACAACAGCAUAUAGAUGAGAUGCAAUACAAUUCCUACAUGGAGAAUGAAGUCGUGUUACAGCAACAGAUUGAUGACCUUAAGGAGUUAACGGAGAAAGAAAGUCAGAAGGUGAAUGAACUGAGGCAGCAGCUGGACUCUCAACAUCUGCAGAUAAACACUUUCAAAAGAUCAGCGGAGACUGAUGAGGCGAAGCUCUCGGCUUUAUCUGCCACUCCUCAGGGAGCAGAUGCUUCCAAACUGUGGAACGAUUUGUACCAAAAGACGUUACAUGAGAAAGAUAACCAGCUCCUGGAACAGGGUUUCGUGAUCAAACGAUUCCUGGAUGACAUGAGAGUGAAAGAUAAAGAGAUGAAUGAGGUCCGAGUGACCAAGUCCCGACUGGAGAGGACUCUCAAUGAAUACUCGAUGGCCGCCGCCGCUCAGCAGAGACAGCUCUUCAUCAUGAGCGCGAGCAACGCUGAAUUGAGUGAGACUGCAGAGCUCAUGGAUGUGCAGGUUAGGGAACUGGGUGCACACGCUGAUCGAUUAGAAAAAGAUAAAAACGUUCUGAACCGAGAACUGGCAGACAAAGAAGGUAUCAUUUCUCUAAUGCAGCUGAAUCUCCAACAAUUACAGAAGUUAAACGAAGACUCAGAUGCUCAGCUGCUGCUUUUACAGUCUGAGAAUGACAAAGUCCAAGCUGACUUCGAGAAGCAAGAGGGACUUUCACUGCAACUGAAAACACUCCUGCAUAGCAAAGACACUGAGAUCUCCUCCUUACUGUCGUGUAAAGACGGACAGAUGUCAGGAUAUCUAGAACAGCUCCAGACCAAUCAUCGUACCCAGGUCGCGCUUUAUGAGGACCGCUUAACCUCUUCACGCUACCAGAGAGAACAGGCUGACCAAGUGUUGAGAGGUCUUGAAGCAAAGGUGAAAAGUCUGCAAAUCCAAGUUACCAAGUCUAGCCAGGAAAAAGAGCAGAUGGCUGCUAAGAUGGAGUCCUUUAAAAACUCAAUGGCGUCUUUACAGAGUGAACGGGAGCGAUUGAUGUCAGAAUACAGAAUACUUGAAGCAAAGAGUCAGUUAAGUUUCAUGGGUAGAGACGGCUCUGCUGACGGGGAAGGUGGCGCCACCAAAGGCCUUAAACAUGAAAUAAGGAAGCUGUUGCACCAAAUGGAUGAUCUCAACUCUGAGAACGCUAUGCUCAGGGCACAACUGGUGCGCUACAGAGAGGAUCUGAACCAGGUUUUAUUCCUGAAGGACAACCAGCUGAAGAUCCUGCUAAAGAAGCAACAGGAUGUGAUCAAAGACCUCGAAAGCCAAAAGGCGGCAGCAGAAAAACAGCAAAGAGCGUCUCAGUUGGAACUUCAAAAGGAAGAAGAAGCAAGCAACACUUUUAAAGCAGAGACCUUGACGCUAACAGCUCAUGUUUCAAAUCUUGAAGCUGAUGUUGUUACUCUUAAAAAGGAAAAGGUCUCGACGAAUAAAGGCAAAGUGAUUAAUGAUUUGCAGGAAGCAGUGGCAGCCAAAGCAGCUGAAUGUAAUGACCUCCAGCAGAGAGUUCUCUCUCAGAAACUCCUCAAUGACGAGCUCAAGGAGAAAAUGCAGCUGUUGGAAAAAGAAACGGAGAAAAGCCUCGGUGAAGCUGAGGACAAAUACAACAGUGAGCUGGACGCCUUCGAGCGCGAGGUGGUGCUGAUGAGAAACGAGCGAGAGACGGCCGAUGGACGAGUCGCCGACCUCGCGAAAGAUCUCUUGGAAAUGGAGCAGCAGCUAUCGGAGGCUAAAACACAAAGCAAAAACACCAAGGCUCAGAAUGAGUCCAUGGUCAAAGCCAUGGUCGCUCUGCAGGACGACCGAGACCAGCUCAUCGAAGACUUCAAGGUCCUGAGGAACAGAUACGAUGAAGAACUCAGAGAGACUCAGGCGGCUUUGAACAACAUGGAGCGCAGUCUGCAGGACGCCACCUCCGACCUGGCCAUGGUCGCCAAAGAGAGGGACAUCAUAGUUCAGAAGUUAAAAGCUUUGGAGAACAAAGACGCGCACGCAGAGCUCAGCAAGCUGUUGGAUGAUCUGUCGAAGGAGUUGUCCGAGAAGGAAAGGGACUUUAAGCAAGUGGUGCAGGAGAAUAGCACCUUCAGCAGGCAGCUGUCGGCGUUCUCCAGAUCUAUGGCCAGCCUGCAGAACGAUCGCGAGCGGCUGAUGGAUGAUUUGACCAGCGCCAGAAAAGAGGUGGAGUCGAGCCAAGGGUCAAGCCCCAGUGUGGAUCGAUCUAAAGGAAGUGUCCUGCAGAAUGAGAGGGAAGCGCCGCAGAAGAUGGAGAAACUCCAGCAAACUGUAAACAUGCAAACUUAUGGACAAUCACCUGAAAAGGAAAUCAUCAGCUACCAGGAGGAAACAGCAAAUCUGAGAUCUGACACAGAGCGGAGGGACACACUGCCAGUCAAGGAGAGCGUGGUCCUGGCCGGUGGGAGUGGAUGGGAGGAAGUUGUUCGUCAGCUGGAGGCCGAGAGGGUCCGGCUGCACGGAGAUCUGCAGCGCUGCAUGUACGAGAUCCAGCAGAGAGACCUGUACCUGCAGCAGCUCAACAUCAAGUUGCAGCAGGCGAUGGAGGAGAAAGGUGGGUUCUCGGCUCAGUUGAGAGCCGUUUCCCAAACCCUGAGGGACACCCAGACGCGCUGCCACUGGCUGGAGAGCCAGGUCCAGAACCAGAACCAGGCUCAGGGGGCAGUGUUUGCUGAGGUUGCACCUGGAGCCCCCCAGGAGAGGAGCAACAACUCCAUGAUGUCUGACACGGCUGAAAACACUCAGCUCCAAGAAAGGCUGCUGGAGCUGGAGCAGAGUUUAACAGACGAGAGAUCGAGAAGAGAGACGGCAGAAGAGGCUCUACGACUCGCUGAGGACCGAGCCAAGAGUGUGAGCUCCAGUCCGAGGGAUUUCAACAUCGAGAUGGAAACAGAGGAGGAGUGGGAAGCUCUGAGUCUGAACCCGAACCAGCCUCUCAUAACAAGAAAGGUGAAAGGAGGCAUGGUGGCGUGUCGCCGCUGGAUCAGGGGGCGGAGCCUCUACUUUUCGCGCCUGCUGACGAGCCGCGCCCGCUCUCGACAUCUCUUCCUGUUCUACCUGCUCUCCGUCCACCUGCUGCUCCUCAUGUGCCUCACCGGCGCCCUGUAGACCGGCUAAUCUAAUCUCACAGGAACAUUAAAGUAAAAGUCAGAUUUUAGCUCAUACUGCAUUUUUAUACCCUCUGUGUGUGAUAACGCAUGGUGAAACACUACAAGAGGCGCACAUACAUUAGAGGAGAGGAUGUUAAAGUUACGUUUUGCAAGGUUUUAUGGGAAAUCCUCCACAAAAUGUGUAUUUUUUAUUUAUCAGAUGGUUUUUUUGUAACAUUUAAAAGUGAGUUUCCUUUAAAUUAACACAGAGGUUUUUCUUUACAUAUUAUAUAGUAAUUUAAGCCUUAAAAGUAUGAGAAUCUCCUCUUCCCUUGCUGUAUUAUUUAGGUGUGCUGUCUUCAGUUUGUUUUAAAACCCAAAUUAAGAAGCAAGACGAGGAAAUAAAGUUUAAUUUUUGACACAAGAUAAAGAAGAAAAUACUUGAGUAAAGCCUAAGAAGGUGCAGAAAGCCAUAUCCUUUGCUAACACUAAUAUUUAAAUGUCACACACGUUUGCACCAGCUGCUGCUUCCUCUCACGCCUGGUUUCAUAUCUUGCACAUAAUCGUGAUGCUGAGUUUAAACUAUGCACUGACGCUCCAAAAGUGUACAUAAUAAUCAUAUGAUAUAAUCUCAGAAGCACUACACCCCCUGUCUCCUCUUGAACUGCAAACCCAACGCAGUUUUAAAUAUGCCCGUUAAAUAAAGACAGACGAAGGUUCGAUAUAUGCUAACUCUAUUGGAAGUGUACGGUGGCUGAAAGGUGCGAACGCGCUACAACGGACUAAAACAUUUCCAUUAGCAGAAACACGCUGCAUCUUCAGAAACCAUCCAAAUAUACAAACACAAAUGUUCCAAAACACAUGCCGAUGAAUCGUUACCAACUUGACGAGACAUGCGCAAAUAGAAAAUGCUACAAGAAGCUAAAUACACAACGAAGACCAGGGGACUUUAAAAAGUGACGCACACAGCUGGAAGACCAGAGGACACUAAAAAGUGACGCACACAGCUGCGACCGGAGCGCUUGUUGAUGUUCAAGAUUACAAAGUUCGUCUGUCUCGUAACUGUAAGUGUUUAGUUUGAAAUGACUAGAUUAGCUACGUUAGCUAGCUAGCUUACAGCAGAUCUGCGAUAACAUCAGAAAGAGUCAUGUGAUCACGUUGUUAAAAGCUGAUAAAUCAUUUUAGGUGAGUUUCCGACAACAGAGACAGUUGUUCAAUUUUUAUAACACUGAACGUCACCAAGCACUCCGGUCCCAGCUGUGUGCGUCACUCUUUAGUGUCCCCUGGCCUCCCAGCUGUGUGCGUCACUCUUUAGUGUCCCCUGGUCUCCC